CAAUACCGUUUCAUUUGAAGUCAGUUGGCAGCUGUCCCAAUUAGUCCCAAAUCCCCAAUAUCCCGCCAGUAGGGGUUUUAAGCUUCGGUGCAAAACCCUAAUCCUAAACAAACUCUCAUCCCCACUUCCAUCAUCUGAAUUCUUCACCUGGAACUCAGUUAACUGCUUACAUGAGUUUCGCGGCGUUCAAGAUGAUGCACUGGGCAACCGGCAUCGAGCACUGCGCCGCGGGUUUCAUCACCCAUUCCUCCGCAGAUUUCACUCCGAAAAUCCCUCCGAUCACUGCCGACGACAUCGACUCAGACUGGUCCACCUCCAGCAAGCCGAUUGGAUCGGUCCCCAACCUCAUCAUUGCCGCCGCGAACGUGCUUGAAGUUUACAUUCUAAGAAUUCAGGAAGAGGCUUCUUCGUCCCUAGCUUACAAAGCUUCUGCCGAGCCCAAGGGUGGAGGCGUCUUAGCCGGCAUUUGCGGUGCCUCCCUCGAGCUCGUUUGCCAUUAUAGGUUGCAUGGCAAUGUGGAGUCAUUGGGGGUUUUACCAAAUGGGGCUGCUGAUGGUGGAAGGAGGAAAGAUUCUAUUAUAUUGACUUUUCGAGAUGCUAAAAUCUCAGUUUUGGAGUUUGAUGAUUCAAUACAUGGGCUACGCACCAGUUCCAUGCAUUGUUUUGAGGGUUCUGAUUGGAUUCACUUGAGAAGAGGCAGAGAAUUUUUUCCAAGAGGGCCACUAGUGAAAGUUGAUCCACUGGGGAGGUGUGCUGCGGUGCUUGUAUAUGGAUUACAAAUGAUAGUUCUCAAAGCAGCUGAGGCUAGCUCUGGAUUAGCUGCACCUGCGGAGGACAGUACUUUCAGGGCAGCUGGUGCAUCCCGAAUUGAAUCAUCGUAUAUUGUUGGCUUACGAGAUCUUGAUAUGAAACACGUUAAAGAUUUCAUCUUCAUACAUGGUUACAUUGAGCCUGUUGUGGUGAUCCUUCAUGAACACGAGCUUACAUGGGCUGGUCGGGUUUCAUGGAAACAUCACACUUGUAUGAUUUCAGCACUCAGCGUCAGCACAACACUAAAGCAGCAUCCACUCAUAUGGUCAGCCAUGAAUCUCCCUCAUGAUGCAUACAAGCUCCUUGCAGUUCCUUCACCAAUUGGCGGAGUUCUUGUAAUUGGUGCAAAUACAAUUCAUUAUCAUAGCCAGUCUGCUUCAUGCCACUUGGGGUUGAACAAUUUUGCUGUUCCGGCUGAUGGCAGUCAAGAGAUGCCUAGAUCUGGGUUUACUACGGAGCUUGAUGCCGCCACUGCGACGUGGUUAACUAAUGAUGUUGCUGUGUUCUCUACUAAAUCUGGGGAGCUGCUUUUGCUGACUCUUGUUUAUGAUGGGAGAGUUGUUCAAAGGCUUGAACUUAUAAAGUCAAGAGCUUCAGUACUUACUUCGGACAUUACUACCAUCGGAAGCUCGUUUUUCUUCUUGGGCAGUCGUUUGGGUGAUAGUCUGCUCGUACAGUACUAUUCUGGACUUGGAGCUCCAACACUAACGCCUGGUGUGAAGGAAGAGGUUGGGGAUAUUGAAAGUGAUGCCCCUACAAUAAAGAGACUGCGGAGAUCUCCUUCUGAUGCAUUGCAGGAUUUGAUUACUAGCGAGGAACUUUCAUUCUAUGGCACAGGUCCAAACAAUGCUCAGAUAGCUCAGAAAAAUUUUACAUUUGCAGUGCGGGACUCGUUGCUUAAUAUUGGCCCACUAAAGGAUUUCUCUUAUGGUUUGAGAAUUAGUGCUGAUCCAAAUGCUACAGGAGUUGCGAAGCAAAGUAAUUAUGAACUGGUAUGCUGUUCUGGCCAUGGAAAAAAUGGUGCUCUUACCGUACUUCAAAAAUCAAUCCGCCCGGAUACAAUAACUCAAGAAUCAUUACCUGGUUGCAAAGGAAUUUGGACUGUCUACCACAAGAAUUUGCGCAGUGACUCCUCAAAAGGAGUAGCUGAUGAGGAUGAAUAUCAUGCAUACUUGAUUAUUAGUUUGGAAAACCGUACAAUGGUACUACAAACUGCUAAUAAUCUCGAGGAGGUAACUGAAAAUGUGGACUAUUACGUCCAAGGAACUACAAUUGCUGCAGGAAAUUUAUUUGGAAGACGUCGAGUUAUCCAAAUCUUUGCUCGUGGUGCUCGGAUACUUGAUGGUGCUUUUAUGACUCAAGAUUUGAGCUUAAAAUCUUCGAAUACAGAGAUGAGUGCAGCUUCUGAAGGGGCGACUGUGUCCUCAGUUUCCAUAGCUGAUCCUUAUGUGUUGCUGAGAAUGACUGACGGAAGCAUUCAGCUUCUUGUCGGAGAUCCAUCCACCUGCUCCGUUUCUGUCAUAAAUCCACCAGUAUCUGAAAACUCUGAUAAGUUGGUAUUAGCUUGCACUCUCUAUCAUGAUAAAGGCCCUGAACCAUGGAUUCGUAAGACAAGUACUGAUGCCUGGCUUUCUACUGGGCUUGGUGAGGCUAUUGAUGGGGCUGAUGGUUCAACACAUGAUCAUGGUGAUGUGUACUGUGUUCUUUGUUAUGACAAUGGAGAUCUGGAGAUAUUUGAUGUACCUAAUUUUAACAGUGUUUUCUUGGUUGAUAAAUUUGUAUCGGGGAGGAGCCACAUUUUAGAUACAUUUUUCCAUGGCCCAGCGAAUAAUCAUGUAAACCUCACAAACAAAUUUUCUGAAGAUAUCGGACAAGGCAGGAAAGAUGCCACUCACAAUAUAAAGGUGGUUGAGUUGUCUAUGCAGAGAUGGGAUUCAGAACAUAACCGGCCAUUUCUUUUUGGAAUAUUGUCUGAUGGGACCAUUCUUUGUUAUCAUGCUUACAUUUAUGAAGUUUCAGAAAACGCAUCGAAGACCGAGGGUGUUGUUUCUUCUCAGAACUCCGUUAAUCUUAGCAGUACGAGUGCAUCUAGGCUCAGAAAUUUACGAUUCGUUCGGGUCCCCUUGGACACAUAUGCAAAAGAAGAGACACCAUCUGGAGUCUGCUCACAACGCAUAACUGUUUUCAAGAAUGUUGGUGGUCUACAAGGUCUUUUCCUCUCUGGCUCAAGGCCAGCAUGGUUUAUGAUGUUUCGAGAAAGGCUUCGGAUGCACCCACAGGGGUGUGAUGGACCUAUAGUAGCCUUCACCGUUCUUCACAAUGUUAACUGCAAUCAUGGAUUUAUAUGUAUAACUUCAGAGGGUGCUCUGAAAAUAUGCCAGCUUCCAGCUUUAUCAUCAUACGACAAUUAUUGGCCAGUGCAAAAGAUUGGGUUGAAGGGGACUCCACAUCAAGUUACCUAUUUUGCAGAGAAGAACUUGUACCCUGUUAUAGUUUCUGUUCCGGUACUCAAGCCACUUAAUCAAGUUCUCUCAUCUCUUGUUGAUCAAGAAGUUGGAAAUCAAUUUGAGCAUGAUAAUAUGAAUACAGAGGGGACAUAUCCCAUGGAAGAAUUUGAGGUUCGGAUUAUGGAACCAGAAAAAAUAAAUGGCCCCUGGCAGACUAGGGCUACUAUUCCCAUGCAAAGUUCUGAACAUGCUAUUACUGUACGAGUGGUUACAUUAUUUAACACCACUGCACAAAGAAAUGAGACACUUUUGGCAAUUGGAACUGCUUAUGUACAAGGAGAGGAUGUUGCAGCAAGAGGGCGCAUUCUUUUGUAUUCUGUUGAAAGGAACUCAGACAGUAUACAGGCGAAGUCCUUUCAGGUUUCAGAAGUCUACGCCAAGGAGUUGAAGGGUGCUAUAUCAGCUCUUGCAUCACUUCAAGGCCAUUUACUACUUGCUUCAGGUCCUAAAAUUAUUCUACACAAAUGGACGGGCUCUGAGUUGAACGGCGUUGCCUUCUAUGAUGUUCCGCCUCUCUAUGUCGUGAGCUUAAACAUCGUUAAAAAUUUUAUUCUUCUUGGCGAUAUUCACAAAAGCAUAUAUUUUCUUAGUUGGAAAGAGCAGGGCUCUCAACUCAAUCUGUUGGCAAAAGAUUUUGGCUCACUUGAUUGUUUGGCAACUGAAUUUUUGAUUGAUGGAAGCACACUCAGCCUCACUGUUUCAGAUGACCAGAAGAAUGUUCAGAUAUUCUAUUAUGCUCCAAAAGUGUCAGAGAGCUGGAAAGGACAGAAACUUCUGUCAAGAGCUGAGUUUCAUGUUGGCGCCCAUAUCACCAAAUUUUUACGGUUGCAGCUUCUUCCCACAUCUGCUGAUCGAACUACUCCUGGCUCUGAUAAGACGAACCGAUUUGGCUUACUUUUUGGUACCCUGGAAGGCAGCAUUGGCUGUAUUGCACCUCUUGAUGAACUUACUUUUCGUCGUCUGCAGUCAUUGCAGAAAAAGCUUGUAGAUUCUGUUUGCCAUGUUGCUGGACUAAAUCCACGAUCUUUUAGACACUUCCAUUCGAAUGGAAAGGCUCAUCGGCCAGGUCCUGACAGCAUUGUAGAUUGUGAGCUGCUUGUGCAUUUCGAGAUGCUGACACUAGAAGAUCAGCUUGAAAUUGCUAAUCAGAUCGGUACAACACGGAUGCAGAUCAUGUCCAACUUGAAUGACCUCAGUCUUGCCACAAGCUUCUUGUGAGUACUGCCUGUUGAAAUUCUGUGUGUGAAUCAGGGUAAACAGGCAUUGUUGGUCUGGUGCAAAAAGGGACACACUUAAAUGCUAGGUUCAUUAAAACCAAACAGUGGUGUCCUGCAAUAUGCUGCUGCCUUCAAGGUUACAAAAGCCGCUCUCUUACCAUUAAUGCGAGCUGCUGCUUGGUCUUUGCAAUCAGAUGAGAAUAGAAUUUGACACUAAUCUUCUCGCUAAAUUGGUUGAUUGCUUGUAUCUGUAAAUGCAAAAUUUUCUGUUUUACUCGACAAUGUAGUCAUGUAACAAUGUGAUUUAUGUAAAAUCAACAGAUAUCGAGUAAAGAAUGAAUGAUGGUGUAAGUUGGAUA